AUGCCUCAUACAAGUCAUCAGAAGAAAUCAAACCACAGGAAGAGAAAAGAGGUGGUAGACGAAGAGGGUUGGACUCGAAUCACGUCCUCCAGUGCCACCUGUCGAGGAGCCAAUCACCCAUCAAUUGCAGACCAGUCCAACGAGGACAAGGCUGUUUUCAGAUGGAAUAUAAGAGAUAGGACCGUGACCAAAUUCUACCGAGCAGCCCCACGCCCAAUGAACCCUGCACAAGGAUCGACUUUGGAGUCAAUGCGAGCACAAUACCGCAAAAUCGAAGCGAAAUGGCGCGAGAGCGACUUAUGCCACUCUCUCCAAAAAGUCCUGACCACCCGGAUCUUGAACACUCAUUCCCAGAUAUCCACUUGUGUCGUAAUCGGGUCUGGAAGUUUUUGCGGGGACGACGUACACUGGAUCGACCGGCACGAGUCUGCAUAUUACCAAAUGGCCGCGUUCCAAACGGCCGUGGAGACAAUCGAGCAAGUCCAGGGCCAUGGUCCUCACUGCUACGCCCAGGAACCAUGCUAUAACGAUCUCGACACCGAACUCCUCCGCAGUUUGAACACCACCAAAGUGGACCAUCCCGCAGGGUUUGAGCUUCUUCAGGAUCGAACUCAAACAUCCGCAUUUGUCUACUCCCCUUUCGCCGAGCCGCAAGUUGAGCUUCAAAUCAUGUUCCACAAUCCUCGAAUAUGGCUCCAUCGGUCUCUGGACCACAUGCAUCGAGAGGACAGAAUCGCAGGAGACGAGGAAUUCACCAAAGACGAAGCUGAAGUCAACCUCGAGAUGACGGAUCUAUUCAAACGCAAUCAUGAAUGUGCCGAACUGCCUGGCCUGAACGUCAAGAACCAGCCUUUUCACCAAUCUGUGAUCUGGUGGCGGAAAGAGGACGAAAUCGAGCAAGAGACUGCAGAGCCUGGUGCAUCUUAA